GUUGAAUGAGGGGCUAUACGUGCAGGCAGGGAGCUUACGAUCAGUUAUCGUCGUGUUGUCGUCGCGGAGCGGAGUAGCUCAAUGACAAAAGGACUGCUCGCGUAGUGAUUCGUCGUUUAGUCGCAAUUGUGCCGUUCUUUCCGACGCGUCGUUAUUCCCUUGAAAAGUACUCGUCUCCCUCUGUUUCGUCCGCGGGAGUGAUUUUGGCCCGCGCGCCACCUCGCGAUUUUUUUCUCAAUAUUAAUUGCGCUCCACGCAGGUGCGAUCUUGAGUUUUUUCCCUGGGACCGGGCCGACCGGAACCUCCUUCACAAUGACGGAGCUUAAUAAGCUUCUGUUAUCCGUCGGGGCCGUGCUACUCGGAGGUUUCCUAUUCACCGGAAAUCGACGAAGAAUGCUUUAUAUACUCUACAAAACUCUACCAAGGGAUAUUCUAGGUUCGUUCAGGUUUUUGCGGGUUAACAUUCUGCUCUGGUGGUGGGAAUCUCGGGGGUUCACCGUCGCCGAGGUUUUCGCGCGGCUCGCUGCCGCGCAUCCUGACCACGCCGCAUUCGUUUUCGAAGACAAGGAAUGGACUUACCAACAGCUCGAGGAGUUCAGCAACCGGGUGGCGCGGUUUUUCCGUUCCAGACAGGGACUGGCCCGUGGUGAUAGCAUCGCUUUGAUAAUGGACAGCCGACCCGAGUACGUAGGUUUCUGGCUUGGACUGAGCAAAGUGGGCCUCGUUGCUGCCCUCGUCAACACGAAUCUGCGUCACGAGGUCCUUAUCCACAGCAUCCGGGCAGCUGACUGUAAGGCAGUGAUCUUUGGCUCGGAGCUUGCGGACGCCGUCAAUGAGGUCAAGGAUGGGAUUUCCGGGCUGACGCUUUAUCGGUGGCCUGAUGUUCCUACUUCGGUGCGGACGUCAUUGCCGGCGUCGAUCGAUCUUAGUAUCGAAUUUUCUAAAAUAUCAGGCGACAAGCUCUCCGCUGAUGGUACGCAGGUGAAAUGUAGUCCCCGGGACAAGCUGAUAUAUAUUUACACCUCGGGAACAACUGGAAUGCCAAAAGCCGCUGUUAUCACGAACCUCAGGUACAUGUUGAUGUCCUGUGGCGUCCAUUCGAUGCUUGGACUUCGGACGACUGAUCGCAUUUACGACGCGCUUCCACUUUACCAUACCGCUGGUGGUAUUGUCGGUGCGGGUCAGGCGCUUUUGCGUGGAAUCACUGUCGUUCUUCGCCGUCGUUUCAGCGCUUCCAAAUUCUGGCCUGACUGUGUGCACUACGAGUGCACGGUUGAGCUUCGAUAUAAAAAUACUAACGAUUUUUCACGGCGUUCUCGAAGAGAUUGGCUCAUGUUUGUUGCGGUUUUAUCGCUACAGGUGGCACAGUAUAUAGGAGAAAUAUGCCGCUAUCUUCUGGCCAUUCCUCCGAGUUCUACGGAUACUUCCCAUUCGGUACGGCUCAUGUUUGGCAACGGACUUAAGGCCCAAAUAUGGGGGCCCUUUGUAGAGAGAUUUCGCGUCAAACAGAUAGGAGAGUUUUACGGCGCCACAGAAGGAAACUCGAAUCUUGUCAAUAUUGACAGCCGCGUCGGUUCCGUGGGUUUCGUGCCCAGGUACGCUGGAGCACUUUAUCCCGUUGCGUUGCUUCGAGUGGAUGAGGAAACUGGCGAACCUCUGCGCGGUCCCGACGGCUUCUGCAUCCCCUGUCAGCCAGGCGAGGCUGGGGUCUUCGUCGGUAAGAUAAACCCGAAGAAGGCGGUGAAUGACUUCAGUGGUUACGUUGACAAGAAAGCUUCCGAGAAGAAGAUCAUUCUUGAUGUAUUUAAGAAGGGUGAUCGAGUAUUCAAUUCUGGUGAUAUUUUGGUGAUGGAUGACUUUGGGUAUUUCUACUUCAAAGACAGAACUGGAGAUACUUUUAGAUGGCGCGGAGAAAACGUCGCGACUUCGGAGGUCGAGGCCGUCAUCAGUAACGUAGUUGGUCUUAGGGACGCCGCCGUCUACGGAGUCGAGGUACCUGGGACCGAGGGUAAAGCUGGAAUGGCCGCUAUCUAUGACCCCGAGCGCUCGCUGAACCUUAACAAGUUUGCGGAAGCUGUGAAACACGCCUUGCCAGCCUAUGCACGACCCCUCUUCAUCCGCAUUCUAACCGAGUUUUCAAUAACGGGGACUUUCAAGAUAAAGAAGCGGGACUUGCAGCUCGAGGCUUUCGAUGUUAAAAAGAUCAACGAUCCUGUAUACUUUUUGGACAAAACUGGAUUCUACGUUAGACUCACAGAGCAGCUUUACACCGACAUCGUGGAGCAAAGAGUUCGAUUAUAGGUAGGAUAUCUUCGACUCUUUCAAUCAAGGACAUAUCAGUCAACGGCCAUUUUUCGCUGCAUGAAUACAAGUAAAAACUUACCAGUUAUACUUUCUCGAGUUUUUGUUAUGUACUGGUAUUAUAGUGUCACUCGCCUGCCCCUGGUGGCAACCAAAUAGUGUUCAGUAGGGAAUUCUUGAAUCGAGUACUAGUGGAUUAAAUUGAAUUUCUUUUGAUUCAAGGCCUUACCGAACAAAUUCAUGUCUUCAGCCAAGAGUGGCAUUUGGCACGAAGCUUGAGAAUGUACACGAGCCAUUUUCCUACGUCAACACUGUUUCAUAUCAUUUAGUCCGUACUUUGCAUACUACUCAGUAUGCGUAUACAAUACAUUAGUACCAUUGUGGCGUUCACGUCACGCUACACGUUCCAUUUGUAUUUUCUAUUUUAUAUGUAUAUAUUUGACGUGUUCAAUAUAAAACCUCGCACGUUACGUUGUCGUUCUUGUAGGUUAGAUAGGUCAAGUAAUGCUAAGUUAGGUUGGCUUUGGACAGACUCAACUUCGGUCACAUUCCGUCUUCGGCGGUUGUGUUAGCCGUCUUGUGUCUUUGUCAAGCUUGCGGAUUGUUGACUGGCUCUGUCGUUCUCCUGCUAGACUUUCGUUCUGUCUGGUAGCGCAGAUUAUUUCAUUACAGUAAAGAUGGUGCCAAGUUUUCUCGGGAGUAGCGGGCUCCUUUUUAGAUCAUCUUGUAUGUAGACUUCUACUCUAACAUAAUUAUUAUAGUAAAGCUAUCAUUCGUAGGUAGUUAGAGUAUUCAGGCUGAAACAUUAUCCAGUCUGGAGGAACUGUUAAUUCACGCAUUUUGAUAACUUCUCCUGGUCAGCUUGCUUGGAAAUAAUUUUAUACAAACACGUAUAAAAUAAAGAACAAUAUGUCUGAUUCUUGUCGCACGUUGUUGGAUUAUAUACCGUACCAUAUACCUAUGUAAUUAUAUUGUAAUAUAGAUUAUGAUAGUAUACAUACAUCUGUUGUAUAUCUGUACAAGCAAAGAUUUAAGUUAUUCCUAUAAUUGUUUAAAAUCUCAUGUUGCAUUCUGUUUGUAGUGAAUAAAAUGUUUUGAAAUUUCAAAA